UCAGAACAGAUGGACAACAGGGGGAAAAAGCUUCUGCAGGGCCUGUGGCAGUCACAAAGGCCUCUGGUUUGUCUUCUCACGGAAAAAGAGAACAUUGCAACUGGACAAUCCAGAAAAAACAUAACAAUAGGGAUCAGGAACAGAAACGAAGCAGAACUUGUGGACCAGCUGACCAAAAUGAUCAGGGAUCUCCUGGAAGGGUCUAAUCCAUGUUUCAGCCUGGACGCCUGCGCGGACAAAGCUCGCCAGCACGGAUUGGUGGUGGAUGCAGAUCAACCCGCGUGUGUGACAGCCAAAGCAAAGGCAAAGGAGCUGGUGGACCUUCUGAAGAAAGAGAAGCUGUCUGAGAUCAAAUCCCAGCUGCUGCCACUUCAAGGAAAACUGUGGUACCAGUGGUGUAAAAAGGACAAAGAACUCACUCGCCUGCAGGAGAAAGGGAACAAGAGCAUUGACAUUGAGCAUCAUCGCAGCCAAAUUGAAAAUGAGAAGAAAGCAAUAAGAAGAAAGCAACUUGACCAAGCUUUCCCUCUCAACCCGCUGAUGAGAUCAUUCCUUCUUUUUCUCCAGGCCCAGCCAGCAGAUACCAGGAAAUACUUCCUGCAGUGGAUGAAGGUCUUUAUGGACGAUCUCUCCUGUGGUCGCCUUGAAGAACUGAGGAGAGACUAUCACGAGUUAUGGACUGAAAUCCUAACAGAAAAGAAAAGCCAGGAAAAACCCAUGGUGAAUGAUCCAUUACUGACUCGCUUGGAUGCUGUCUCUGAUGAAAUCAACGAUUCAUCCAUUGGCCUGGAGCACCUUCUGAGAGAAGUAGGGCAGAUUUAUGAAGCUCUGGAAUUAACAAACACCAAGGGAGACAUUUUAGCCAAACUGCCGGAAAUUGCAGCACAGCUGAUGGUUUCGGGGUAUCCUGUGGAGCUGAUGGAUGGGGACGCUUCUUACCUGCCCCUGCGCUGGGUGGGAGCAAUCUUUGACAGCUUAAUUGAGAGGCUGGGGGACAAACGAGUGUUUGUGCUCUCCGUGCUCGGCAUCCAGAGCACAGGCAAGUCCACCCUGCUGAAUGCCAUGUUUGGUCUGCAGUUCAACGUCAGCGCAGGGAGAUGCACCCGCGGAGCCUUCAUGCAGCUCAUCCCAGUGGGCGAGGAGCUGCAGCAAGACUUGGGCUUUGAUUUUGUGCUGGUGGUUGACACAGAGGGACUUCAGACUCUUCUUCAUGAAACUAAAAAGAAAUGUGAGAAUCUUAUUGAGCUACAGAAGGAGCAGAGGAAACUGGAUGCAAGGAAGGUGGAAUACGAAGCCGAACUCCUGAGAAGGAGUAGGGAGCUGGCUGUGAGUCUGAAAGGGAAGAGCCUCAGUGACAGAGAAUUGAAGGGCAACUUUACUCUUGUGUGGACAAAGAAGCUGGAAUACGAAGAUGAGCUUCUGAGAAGGAGUAGGGAGCUGGCGGUAACUCUGAAAGGGAAAAGCCCCAGUGAGAAAGAACUGAAGGAUCACUUCUCUCUUGUGUGGAACAGUUGGAUUGCUGAGGUCUCCCGUGCUGCUCGUCCGCUGGAACGGGUGGAUAUUGAUGCAGAAAUUGAGGAUGUCCUUCUAGAGCACUUUAAGGAGCCAGGUUUCCAUGCACGGAUCAGGUCAUUUCCCAAAAGCAGAAGAUUUUCUUUUGACAUGGAGAACACAUCGCAGUGAAAAAGUAAACACAUCACAAAGAAAAAGUAUUUAGGCAUUUUCUCAGAUCCCAGGAGCAUUUCCAAUGCUGAUGUGAUCAACUUUCAGCAGAUCACAAACGACAUCAUAGCGUGUGUGAAGGCGAACAUUGAGAAGAAGGAACAGGAGAAACGGGAUUACAGUCGAAAUUUUAUUCAUGAAAUACUCAAUGAAGUGCAGAAAGGUGUUGACUAUGUCCCCAGCAAUGCAAAAUGUACUUUCAACAAAGAGUACAGCAUAGAUUUGUCUCUAUAUCUGUGCAGAAUGGCAGCGGAGAGGUUUAAAGCCAUGCACGAAGCAUUCCAAAAGGCAAAUGACCCAGUUCUGUACCUGAGCAGCAAGAGAGAAGACUUCUUCCAAUGUUUCCAGAUUUCCUGCCAAGGAGCCACUUCAAUCACUACCUUUGUUAUUUUCCUUUGUGACAAGAUUGAACCAGCUCUUCGCAAGGCAGUCUUUGAGAGGACGGCUAAAGACAUUGCUGAGGACAUGAAGAGCAAAUUCCCAGACUUCAGGGGCAACAGAGCCAAUCUGGAAGUUUGCAUCCUGAGAUACCUGGCAGAACAAGAAAAUUUUGCGUAUUUCAAGCAGUACCUUACAUCUCCUAAGCAGUUUUUUCAGAGUUACAUUGAGAAACAAGUUAAGAGUCAUUGUUUAGAUGAGAGUAGGAGGCUGAGAAUGUUUUUACAUUCCUGCCUUGAAUCUUUCUAUGGAAACAUCCUGUCAGCUGUUUCUUUAUCAACCCAAAUUGUCAAAGACAGAAAAGACAGAGAAGACAAAAUCUCUCUUUGGCUGGAUGAAUUCUGCGGGGAACUGGCAGAAGUGAUCAACUUGCCCAGAAGUGACCUGAAGGGCAUCGAGCAUCAGGAGGUCACAGACAUUGAGUUCCUGAGCAGUGCCAUGGCAAAAGCUCUUAUUGACCUGACGGACAGGCUCAUGAAAGAAUUGGCUGAUGCUGACAUGAGCUCAUUUUCAAGGCAGCCUCACACCAUUGCUGACAUGAGCUCGUUUGCAAGGCAGCCUCACACCAUCCUGGCGGAGCAUUUUUCGGGGUGCUGGGAGAAGUGUCCCUUUUGUGGGGCUGUAUGCUCAAACACCAUGCAGAACCAUGAUGGAGACCAUCAGCUGGUCUUCCAUCGCCCACAGGCUUUGAGAGGAUACACGUGGACACAGCUGGAAGCUUUGUACAAUGGAAAAUUUCAGGGCAAAGGAGAAAUCCCUGACUCGUGGCAGAGAAUUACCAAGCAGGAAGCACUGUCCGAGCUGGAGCGGCGUUAG